AUGGGCAUGCCUGAACAACAGCCAGGGAGGAAUGAAGGUAUCAAUUGGGAUGCUCCUCCUCCCUACGAAGAAUUGUACGCGUUCGGCAACGAACAGUCUGGUGUCUCUACUUCAGUCCAAGACAAUGGACGAAUUAGUAUGGCUUUUGUGGGUAAUACCUCACCAUUACCUCCAAUCUCUGUACCCGAGAAUAGACCGCAAGCAAAAUCAGAGCCCGUGAAAUCGUAUCCAAGGCUUAAUAUAGUCAUUCAGGUAGUUGGAAGUCGAGGUGAUGUUCAACCUUUCAUAGCAUUAGGCAAUGAACUUCAACUCGCAGGUCAUCGGGUACGCAUUGCUACUCAUGAUGUAUUUGAAAAGUUUGUACGAGAUUCCGGAUUAGAAUUCUAUGCAAUUGGUGGCGAUCCAACAGAAUUGAUGGCAUACAUGGUCAAACCCCCCGGAAUCUUUCCAAAAAUCAGUACCUUGACCAGUGGAGAGAUAUCAAAGAAAAGAAAAAUGAUAUCCGCUAUGCUCGAAGGAUGUUGGCAAUCCUGUCUCGAACCCGAUUCGAAGACUAGAGAACCAUUUAUUGCAGAAGCAAUCAUUGCCAAUCCACCAAGUUUUGCUCAUGUACAUUGUGCUCAGGCACUAGGUAUCCCAGUUCACCUUAUGUUUACUAUGCCAUGGUCGGCUACGAGAUCAUUUCCACACCCACUUGCAAAUAUUCAAUCUAGCGACACAGAUCCUAAAACUGCUAAUUUUCUUUCUUAUGGAUUGGUUGACACAAUGACAUGGCAAGGACUUGGAGACGUAAUCAAUCACUGGAGAAAGAAGUCGCUAGAUCUUGAACCGGUCCCUAUAAUGGCUGGUCCUCAUUUAGCAGCUUCCCUCGAUAUCCCCUUUACCUACUGUUGGUCACCAGCACUUGUCCCGAAACCACAAGAUUGGCCCUCACAUAUAGAUGUUUGUGGAUUCUUCUUUCGUCCACCUCCAUCAUACAAUCCUGAUGCGAGGAUCUUAGGGUUUCUUCAAGCAGGCCCGAAACCCAUUUAUAUAGGAUUUGGAAGCAUCGUAAUGGAAGAUCCCCAGAAGAUGACCGCGACGAUCAUGGCUGCAGUUCAAGAUUGUGGUGUCAGAGCAAUUGUAUCGAAAGGUUGGAGUAAACUUGGACAAGAGGUUGAGAAUGAGAAUGUUUUGUUUAUUGAUGAUUGUCCUCAUGAAUGGCUAUAUAAACACGUGGCGGCGGUCAUCCAUCAUGGUGGAGCGGGAACAACAGCAUGUGGAUUACUUAAUGGUCGUCCUACAGCAAUCGUACCAUUUUUCGGCGACCAACCAUUCUGGGGAAACAUGGUCGCAGCAGCCGGUGCCGGUCCCGCACCUAUAGAACAAAAAUCCCUCACCGUCAGCACUCUCUCCAAUGCCAUCAAAUUCCUCCUCUCCCCCAAUGCAAAAGCCGCAGCACAAGUCCUCGCUUCAAGAAUCCAACACGAAAACGGCGUAAGAGAAGCCGUUAAUUCAUUCCAUCGCAAUCUCCCCGUCAAAGCCCUCAGCUGUGAGCUCAUACCCCAGCUACCCGCAACAUGGUAUUGGAAAAAGAGCAGAAAACAUCUCAAAUUAUCUCACCAAGCAGCGGCCAUUCUCGUCGAGAAGAAAAAGAUAAACGCCUCUGAUCUUUCCUUAUAUAAACCCCACCCAAUAACCAUCACCAACCGUCGCUGGGACCCCUGGACCGCCACUACCUCCGCCGCCUUCGACAGCGCCCUUGACAUCACCCGCGCCAUGGCCAACGUCGGGCUCGACUACCGCGCCGAAUACACGCGCGCUCUAAACAAACCACCCCGCAAAAAUCAGUACGAACACGGCAACAGCUUCGAUACUAACACCGAUACCGCCUCAUCGCUCAGCUCUCUACAAGCGAGCUCCAUCGCGGUCGGAAAAGGUGUCGGAAGGGUAGGCAUCGCGAUGAGUAAACCGGCAAUCGAUUUACCCCUCGCGUUUGCGGAUGGCUUUCACGCGUUGCCCGCGCUUUAUGGGGAGAAACCGAGGGAUAUUGGGCAGGUGAGCGAUUGGAAGAGUGGAUCGAUUAAGGGGGCUAAGAGUAUCAGCUAUGGAAUCGCAGAUGGCUUCACAGGAUUCUUUACACAACCUAUUCAAGGAGCCAUACAAGAAGGCGGAAAGGGAUUUCUCAAGGGCCUUGGAAAAGGCACGGCGGGAUUUCUCACUAAACCUGCUAGUGGCGUCUUCGGACUCGUCUCCUACCCCGCCCUCGGCCUCUACAAAUCCCUCAGCACAUCCACGCAUCACGGCACACAGGGCAGAAUUCUCUUGGCCCAACGCGAAUACGGCAUGCAUCUUGCGAUGACGCAGCAGAUCCCCGAGGAGAUGGCUCAGCGGAUCGUACAGGGGUUUAAGUGAAUAAUUGAGGGGAAUGGGAGGUUGUUGGUAAUAGAGGUUGGGCUUUUUUUGUAUGUAGACGGACGCAUAUACUCCCUUUUCAAGUUAAGAGAGAAUAUAUUUAGGAUGCAAAAUUGGAAUUUCUAAGGCGUCCUUCUAUUGAUCAAUAGGGAUGUUGUUGUGUUUGGGGAAGAGAAGAUAUAUAAAUUAUAUUAUUUAAGAGAAGGAGUAAAAAGGAGUUUAUUUUGAUAUAGAAUAUAUAGGAUUACUUUUAGAGCAAUGAGUUACGC